UCUUGUAGUCCAGGGUUUUAAAUAUAGGUAAGGCAGAGGGCAGACUCGACGUUGUGGUGGUGUGGUGGCGGUUGUGUAGUCUGUCUUUUCUCGAAUUUUCGGGUCAAAACAAAUCAACUGAGCAAAACAACAACUAAAAAAUCUCAUCUCUGCACAUGGCAAGCAGCAUGGGAAAAAAGCACUUGGAGAAAAAGGCAACUUCUGCUAAUGUAGAAGUUCCUUCAAAAUCGAUUGAGAAGCUUGCUAUCAAAGUGACCAAAAAGAAAAGAAGAUUCAGAGGCAAGAAAAAGUCGAGUUCUGAUCAACCUACCGAUCAACUGAAGAAAGCUCUUGCCAAUUUCAAACCACCUAAAGACUCUAUAUCCAAUAACUGGCAGGCAUUCUUAGCCUCAGGCUUACCUCAUUCCGACAAAAGAAAUAAGAAGAAAACGAGUGAACUCAAGCCUGGUUCACAUGCAAGCGAAAGUUGCAAAUCAAACCAAAAUAUUGCUGUCCUCAGGAAACGUGAAAAAGUUAAAUCAUUUCCGACUACAGAAACCAAGCCUCUGGUCCUGGUAGACGAAACAGAUGACGCCUAUAUCAGUGAACUUAUUCCCAAGUCUGAUGGAGAGCGAGAGUUGACAAAAUGUAUAGCUAUUGAUUGUGAAAUGGUUGGUGUCGAUGAUGGCCGAGACAGUGUCCUUGCCAGAGUUUCUUUAGUCAAUCAACAUGGAGAAUGCCUCUAUGAUCGAUUUGUAAAACCAAAAGAGAAGGUUGUUGAUUAUCGUACCCAUGUAAGUGGUGUGAGGCCUUCUGACCUCAAGAGAGGAGAAGAAUUUGACACUGUUCAAAAAGAUGUUGCUAAUAUCAUUAAAGGUAGAAUUUUGGUUGGUCAUGCCAUUAGAAACGACCUCAAAGUGUUAAUGAUAAGUCAUCCCGCAAAGAUGAUACGGGAUACGUCAAGAUUCAAACCAUUCAGAAAUUUAAAUCAAGGACGUACUCCAGGUUUAAAAAAAUUAGCAUCAGAAAUUCUUGGUGUCAAUAUUCAGUCAGGUGAACACAGCUCAGUUGAAGAUGCCAAGGCAACAAUGCAGCUCUACAACUUGUAUCAAAAAGAAUGGGAAGGUUACAGGCAGCAAAAAAGGGAGUUAAGAAAGAAAAAUGCCAAGAUCGCUGAGAAGCUCACCAAGCCAUUACCCAAGAAGAAGGAAGCUGCAGAUUCUUCUAAAUUACCCGAUGAAUUUGUUGCAUUCUGAAUCGUAGGCGCUGUGCAGAUACAGAAAAACACUUCCGGUCGUUGACUUAUUGUUUUGUUUAUAAAGUUAUUUCUUUAAUAAAAUGAAUAUUGAAAUCUCA